AUGAGUGAGCAGGAGAGAGAGACAGAGGAGGAUGAGGGAGGAGGCGCUUCAGACACGGCACCCAUGCUGCCCCGAAGGCUUCCUGACCGCCAGGCCUCAGACCUGAUGUCCCCAGGGUGGGCAGGCCUGGCUGCCCAAGGCCUGGGGACCCUGCUGCUGCCCGGUCGGGCCCUGGCUGGGCUCCUGCUCUAUCUGCUGCUGCCCGCAACCGUGUUUCUGCUGGCGCUGCUGCCCGCAGCCACCACUGUGUACCUGGGAUUCCUGUGCCACUCGAGGGUCCACCCGGCGCCCCGCCCCGCGUGCCGCGCCCUGCUGUCCGACCGCAGCUCCGCGGCGCUCAUCGUGUCGGGAUUCCUCUCGCUGCCUCCGCUGCUGGUGCUCGCCUCGGCCGCCCGCGCCCGCCUGGCCCGACGCCUCCGCUCGCUGCUGCCACCCCCGACCUGGAGUCCCGGACCCCGCCGCCAUCCCGACGGGGAGGAGCAGCUCUAAGCCUGGGUGUGACCCCAGAGGCCUCUCCAAAUCCCGGAGGCCCCUGAACUCCCCCCGUGUCCCCCAUCGGUGGCUCCAGGCUGGUGAGCUCAGGGUCUGCGUCCAGGUCCCGGCCGGGAAAUCCCGUGCGCGCCGCGCGGCCCUGUGCGCAGUGCUCCGAGGGGCCGCGAGGUGGCACCGGACUCCCCCGGACCGGGGCGGCCCUUCCCCACCCUCACCGGCCUCCGCAGGCCCCGCAGCCGCCAA